CCUUAUGUACGCCUGCUGCGCUAUAUACUUCAGUGACAUUUGGUAUGGUGUUGUUUUACUAACGCACACAUACGCUACGUUUGGUUGCGCGAGGUUGUGUUGCGUGUGCUCUCGACUCCGAAAAAGGUUGAUUUGUGCGUUAAAUCCCAAUUCGCUACCAUCCGUCGUGUGCGAUUGUGUGGUGUUCUGUGCCGAAAUUCCGAUUCUAACCAAAGGGAGUGUUCCGCUUCUGAGUGUGUGGCAGCGAUCCCAAAUCCGUAUUCUCUCGCAUUACGCCAUUUUAUGAUUUGUAUCGCUAUUGACAAUCCCUCACACUCGCGAACGAAUCCCCGAUCGAUUAGUUUUGAUAGUGCAACACGUUACGUUUAUUCUGCGAAGCAAGCAAGAAAGGGCUGACUGUGAAAGAUGCAUCCGUCACGAGGAGGAUCAGCCAUGAAUAACGUUUCGCUUGCAGAUGCUAGUGGUCAGCAGCCUUUGUGUGAGAAAAAGGAUUACUGUGACAGUGCCAACACCGAUUCUGGCUUCCUGUCGGGGCAUAACCUCAACACGUCCGAGAAUAUUGUGGUGGAAGAACGGAGCCAUCCGGACGAACAGCCAGCGAACAGCGGGACAGCGUAUAGAUCAGCUUCGAGCGCGAAGCAAACCAUCGAAUCCGGCUCCAACGUAGACUCGGGCAUGAUCGCGGACGAAGAGCUGGAAUCCCGCGAUCUGGGCCUAACUGACAUCUGCGAACGGUUCGAUCGUUUGAUGAAGCGAGACUGGAUGAAAAGUUUUCAGCAGGACGAAAUGGGUGAAACCCAGCUUCACCUGGCGGUAUACGAGCGAAACGAGGACACCAUUUCCAAGCUGAUUGCCAACCUUCCACGACCGUUUCUCAACAUCCAGAACGACGACGCACAGACGGCACUGCAUCUGGCCGUCUUGACCGAUCAGCCGCAGAUUGUACGGCGCCUGUUGAACGCGGGUGCUGACCGAACCAUUCGUGAUGUCGAGGGUAAUACCGCCCUGCAUCUGGCCUGCGGUUUGGGCAAGGUGAAAAUAGUUAGAGAGCUGCUAGGGACGGCCCCGUUAUCACUCAGCGAGCAUCCGCAAGGUGUAUCGCAAAGUAAAGUGGCACAAGACAUGGAGCUGUGGAAUUACGAUGGCAAAACCUGUGUUCAUUUAGCAGCCGAGGCAGGCAGCAUAGAAGCAAUACGAUCGUUGAUUGACGCGGGUGCUAACAUCAAUGCACGGGAAGGAAAAUCCGGAAUGUCUCCGCUGCACAUCAGCAUCGAGAAAGGCAACGAGGAGUUGGCAAACUUUUUGCUCGACGAAUGUCCCCUGCUAUCGCUCGAGACGACUACUUACGCCGGUAUGACGGCGUACCAGCUGGCUCUGCUUCAGGACAAGCGCAUCCUGAUCAGCGACCUAACGAAACGUGGAGCGGAACAGAUUUCCCUGCCGGAAAGCGAUGCCGACACAGACUCGGAAGACGAAAUGAUCAGUAACUACUACGGGGCGAGUGCAUUUUCAACCUCUUUCCCGGGAUUAUCGGCUAUCAAUGUAUCUUAAAAUCACUGCAUUUUAUUUGGCCCCUUUGAUCGAUACAGCGCUGCGCUUUUAACACACACAGAUACAGACAAAGGAAGCGCGACACACGGAUAUCAGAAUGCGCACAAGUUGUAAUGUAAAAUAAAACUUAUGUAACUAUUGUUCCCUUGUAAUAAGUGCCUUAUGUAAAUUUGACACAAGUGAAGCAACAAUUAUACACACAACCAUACAACCAUCGUAUUGAGGGAAAGCAAUAUGUUUUCAUUAUUGUGAAACCAAUACCCCUUAAGCUGCGACGCCCGGUUCGCAGCUAAACACGGAUUACUUAUACUAAUAGUUGAACCAUCGUGUUGGCGUGUUUGCCAUAAAUAUUGAUACAAUAAGCUUUAAUAUGUAUUUUUUCGGAAUAUCUGUUUUUUUCUAUAACGCAAAGUAAUAAAUCGCAAGCCUUGGUGCAGCAGGCAAAGGCGUAGGUCUAAUGGCAUAGAUAUGUUAUUUAUAUGCUUGAACGAGCCUCUCGUCAGCAAACUGUACAUCAACAAUAAUGGCAAGAAAGGUCGAAAGUCGAAAAGAGAAUAAAAACUAUUGUGAUUGAA